AUGUUGGCAUACAACUCAGGGGAUAUGAACGCGAAACGUAGAAAGACUAGUCCUGAACAAAGCGACGGAAUAACGUUCGAAUUUUAUGUUCAGCGCAUGCUGCGGAUUGGCAACUGUAGUCUUAAGGUCAGGAACUUUGAUGACAACACUGAAAUAAGUAUCAACCCCAAAGCUAAGCCGAAACUAUUCCAGUUUACGACGAACAAGGAUCAUGGAAUCAAAAGUGAGUCCUUCAAAAAGUUUUUGAGAAUGCUGCAAGAAGAAAAGUGGAUCCGAUGCUCUAAGGAGGUCGCAUUUAUUUUUGUUGUUCCGCAAGACCGGGUCAAGGAGUUCAAGAAACAAAAAUACAAGACCGAGGCAGAUGGUGUGGAUUCCAAACCUACAAAGGAGCUCCUAGAUGUCAAGCAAUAUGUUAUGAGAUUGAUCUAA